AUGCCAGACCUCAAUUUCAAUCCGCAGAAUGACAUUCCUGACCUCACGGGCAAGACAAUCUUCAUAACUGGAGGAACAAAUGGCCUGGGUGCUCAGUCAGCAAUCCAUCUAUCUAAGCACAAUGCCGCCCACAUCUACAUCAGCGGCCGAAAUGUUCAAAGUGCCGAGAAAAUCAUAAAUCAGAUCCGCGCCAGCGGAUCAAAAACCGAACUCACAAUCAUCCAAUGUGAUCUCGCAUCCCUACAGUCCGUAAAAGAAGCUGCCGAAAAAUUCACCUCCCAAACAACUCGCCUCGAUAUCUUGAUGUGCAACGCCGGCAUCAUGGCGUCACCACCUGGCCUCACGGUAGAUGGAUAUGAAGUGCAAUUCGGGACAAAUCAUCUUGGCCACACACUUCUCAUCCGCAAGUUCCUCCCUCUGCUCGAAAACACUGCCAAAGGAGGUGGUGAUGCGCGCAUAAUCAUCCUCACGUCCCAGGGCCUUCUUCUCCAUCCGAGUGGAGGGGUCGGUUUCGAUGACUUGAAAACUGUCCAGAGUCAUCUAUUUCCAGGUCCUUGGCGCAGGUAUGGACAGAGUAAGCUUGCGAAUCUGCUUUAUGCGCGUGAACUGGCACGUAGGUAUCCGGGUAUACUGUCUGUGCCUGUUCAUCCAGGUGUCGUGGCGACGGAUUUGGUGGGGAAGCAAGGGUUUUUUGAUAGGGCUCUUAUUUAUGUCACUAACGCUGGGAAACUGCUAAAGCCGGAGGAGGGUGCUUAUAAUCAGUGUUGGGCGGCGACGGCUGCGCGUGGGGAUGUUAAGAGUGGAAAGUAUUAUGAGCCUGUUGGGAGGCAGAAUGAAGAUCGGUUGGAUAAAACUGCGAAGGACGAUCAGUUAGCAGGACAGUUAUGGGAUUGGACUGAGAAGGUACUGGAGAAGUUUUGA